AUGCAAACCAAUAGUUUAGAUGCCUUGCUUGCCAACUUUGUUUGGUUGCUUGCUCAGACAUUGACACCUCAAUUAAAUGCGGAGGUGGAUUGUAUUCAUCAGACAAUGAACCAAACAAUUCUUUUGUUUAUGUGCAUUGUUUUAAAAAGCACAGUUUUUGGGUGUCCUUCAGUGUGUAUUUGUAAUGGAACAACGGUCAUUUGCACAGAUAAAAAUUUAACAACAGUACCGUCUGGAAUUCCAACCUUAACAACUAAUCUGUAUCUGGACAACAAUCAGUUAACAUCGAUAAAUGGAACGGCAUUCCAAGGCUUAAAAUCUCUUCUUUCUUUGAAACUCAACAAAAAUCUGUUGGCAUCGCUAGAUGAAAAUGUAUUCCAUGACUUGACGGCACUUCAAGACUUGUAUUUGGACGAAAAUCAGUUAACAUCGUUAAAUGGGACACCUUUCCAAGGCCUAACAUCUCUUAUUUCUUUAAAACUUCAAAAAAACUACUUGGUAAUGCUAGAUGAAAAUGUAUUUGAAGAUUUGACGGCGCUGCAACACUUGGUGCUGAACAAUAAUCAGUUAACAUCGAUAAGUGGGACAGUCUUCCAAGGACUCAAGGCUCUUCUUUACCUGUAUUUGGACGAAAAUCAGUUAACAUCGUUAAAUGGGACACCUUUCCAAGGCCUAACAUCUCUUAUUAUUUUGUAA